AUGUGUCCCCCAGUCAAUGUUCGCUAUGGGUCCAAGGGCAUGCCCUGCCUCUAUGCGGAAUGGCUAUACCAGCUUGUCCACGGAGACCAGAUGAAGAUCUGCUUUGCUUGCUUCAAGGCAGCUUUCCUGGAAAAUAGAAGAUUGCUGCAUAUGGGAUACUGGGAAGAAGAACCGUGGGAAGAUGAGAACCUGGAACUAUUGGGGUCGGGAGCCUCACCAGAGGAAGACUCUGAGCCGGAGGAAGAAUCCCAGCCGGAGAAAAAAUCCAAGCGGGAGCAAGAAUCUCAGCCGGAGGAAAAAUCUGAUUCAGGGGAAGAAUCUCAGGUGGAGGACUGGUUAGGGCAAAGCUGGGCAGAGGGCCGAGAAAAUAAGUUUCGUAUUACAGUGGACGUCACUAAUCCUGACAUCCUGACCCCAGGCUCUAUAGGGACCGAGCUGCAGCCUGAGGAAGCUGUACUCCUGGACCCACGCCCUGAGGAUUAUGACAGGUAUUGGGCCUAUCCCUGGAAAUUAGGUAGGUUCUCUCCCUGCCCCCACCAGUGCAUCAUCCCACCUCUGUCCUUCUGGGAUAUUUUCAAUACGGACCUACAUUCUGACGAACAUCUAUUGUUGGAGUUGAGCCACAUCUGGCCCACGAACAAGCUGGUAGAAUCCUGUUUGAAAAAACAGAACUUCUUCUUGGUGUUAUGUGGCUCCGAUACCGGCUGGUACUUGGUGUCAAUGAAUCCUUUAUGGGUAGUGAGGACCCGGGUAAACCGCUGGCAGAUGAUGCUGAACCCUGAUGCCUUGGUGGUGUUCUACCUAGAGACUGGACCACAAAAGCAGAACAUGAACCGCUGGAAGCUCAGCAUGUUGGAAUCCUCAGAACUGGGGUUGGAGCUGGUGCCUGCCGACUGCACCCUGUGGAAGAAAGGAUUCAAGGUGCACUCCUACCUGCCCUGGCAGAGUGAAACCCUAAAGGACUGGGGCAGGGAGCCAGGGGAGAGGCUGAUUGUCAAACAUAUUCAUUUUCUGAAAAAACUGUGCUUCCUUUUCUGA